AUUCUUGUUUAUACGGGUGACCAUGAAUCUGUUGGUGACUACUUGCAUCUGACGCUUUCUGGCGACAACGAGCUGAAGCUGGUGAUCAAUCUUGGCUCUGGCCCAGUUGCCCUAACACAUCCAACAACAAUAGCACCAGAUGGCAUUUGGCAUAAUAUUACAGUAGCAAGGAACGGACGAUAUAUUACACUGAUUUUGGAUGAUCUCUCGAUAAAUUCAGUGAGUCCAGGUCCUUCGGUUGAACUGAAUGUUUAUGAUUCGCUUUAUAUCGGCGGUUUACCGAAGACGAGUGCAACGCUAGUAGGUUUCACAGGUUGCCUGCGGGAUAUACGAAUUGGCUACGAACUGAUCGAAUCUCUCGGAAACACAACGGAAGCAGUUAACAUUAACGAAUGUUUUUAA